AUGCUUUUCAUAAAAAGGACAGAAGCCCUAUCAUGGGCUCUGACCAUUCCUAGCCUUAUAAAUGCCAACAUACAAGUUCAGGCUUCUCCCUUAAAAAGCAUCGUCAACCAAGAUGGCGCAGUCACCUACCCCGGAGAGCAUAUCUCGUGGAUGCCGUGUGGCGACGUCACCGGCCAUCUCAUGGAGUGCAGCUCCUUGAAGGUCCCAAUAGAUCAGUUUAAUACGGCGAAUCCGGGCAACAAGACGUUUAACCUCUCCGUGGUCCGCUUGCGUGGCAACAAUACAAACAGCGAUUCCAAGAACAUCUUUUAUAAUCCAGGAGGCCCUGGCGCGAGUGCUGUAGGGUAUUUGUAUGAGGUUGGUUCUGACUUGAUAUCUAUUGUCGGAGAAGGUUUCAACCUCAUCGCCGUUGACCCCCGAGGCAUCAACGGCUCUACCCCUCUUGGGUCUUGUUAUGCGACGGAGGAUGUCCGCGCGGCCAUGUCCAAGGUCCCGUUGAACGACGUGGUAACCGACGCUCCUUUCUAUGGCAGCUGGGCCCCCAAUUUCGCCAAAUCCUGCGCUCAGACUUCUGGAGAGUAUGGCAAGUACAUCAACACGCCUCAAGUGGCCGCGGACAUGAACAGCGUCUUGGACGCCAUUGGACAAGAAGAUAUGUGGUAUUGGGGCCAGAGCUACGGCACGCUUCUGGGUCAGACAUUCGCCGGCCUCUUCCCCAACCGCACCGGACGCAUGGCAAUUGACGGUGUUGUCGGUCAAAACGGGUGGUACAAUGCAACUUUCCAAACGGAUUACAAGGACGGCAAGAGAGUAUUCUGGGGGUUUUGUGACGAGUGUAUCAAGGCCGGCAAAGAAGCUUGCCCCUUGGCUGCUCUGGCAGACAAUGCCGACGAUCUUAACCAGGUCAUCGAAAACUUUGGCAACAAAAUCAAGGCCAACGAGAUGGCCGUCUAUGUCAACGCGACGGAUUUCGGCAGCGUUGGCUAUAACAAUCUGUGGUACUCUGGCAUCUCGCCUUCUCUUUAUAAAGCCAUCGCUUUCCAGCCCCUCGCAGUUAUUCUCUCCGAGGCGAUGCUGGGCAAUGCCAGUCUAGCAUACCAGGUAUACGGAGGAUCAUCAAUCAUCAACGCAGCAUUGCCGACAGACGAAUCCAUUUACUUUUACCGUCUGAAUGAUGGACUUUCAGGGCCAAAGUUCUGGCCACAUGAUAACGAAGGCAUGAUCAACGUGCUCGAGCCAUUUUACGAUGUCAAUCCCCUCACGUAUUCCGCCAACUCUUUCUAUUGGGCCAAGGCGCGGUGGCAGAUCCCGAAAACGCACAACUACGUUCCAAAGCAAGGAGUUAAGACGAAACAUCCGCUACUGAUCUUGUCCACACAGUAUGACCCGGUCUGCUCAUGGGACUCUGCCAAUGCGGCAUUGUCGGACUUUGCCGACUCGCGACUGGUUACGCUGGAUGGCUAUGGGCAUUGCACAUUCUACCAGCAUUCCGACUGUGCCAAUAACUACGUGAAGGCAUAUUUCGUCAACGGCACGAUGCCUUCUCCGGGCGCGACUUGCCAUGUAGGCAAAGAUCAGUAUUUCCCUCCUCUCCGUGCGACAUAA